AUGAAGUUUCUUAGCACCACAAUAACUGCAGUGUUUGCUGGUAUUUCACUACUGGUACCAACUGCUUAUGGAAACCUACAAUACAGAUGUGAAAUUGGCGAUCCCAUUACAGAAUCACAGGUUCUUGAAACUGUCAAUAAAAGUUUUUUGAUAGAUAAUUCUCCUCAACACCCAGCUAUUCCCACAACAGAACCACAUAAGACAUAUUUUUCCACGAGACCUUGGAGUGGAAGUGAAUCAGGUAUAGCUUCUUUCCUUAUACAAGUUUAUGGGCAACCUCCAAAAUACCAAGUAUAUCAAGGAGUUGCCCGAGGUUGGAGACUGUGUACUUUAGAAAAUGGGAAUUAA